CUUUUGUGUAGAAGUGGGGAGAGGACCCAGAGAGCAUGAACUGGGCUAGCAGGAAAUAUCCAAAUCAGAAAAAAUUUUACAUGCUCAGUCAAAGGAUUAGAAUAAUUCCCCCAAGUAUAUAAGAAAUUGACAAAAAAUGUUGACUGAGCAGGGGACUGCGGGGCUAGAGGAAGGGGUGUGAGAAACAGGGAUUGGCAAACUCUUAAAAACCAGGCACGUGUUCUUUACUAUCCAAAAUAUACAUUAAAAAAAUUUCUGUUUUAGAUGACCGGGAUCCACUGUAUAAUUUUGAGCAGGGGCAUGCAGGAAAGUUAGUUUGGGGAGAGUGGAAAGUGAGGUGGGCAGGCAACCAGCUAAGGAGGGAAUGGCAAUCAUGAUCUGUGAUCUGUUUUUUUCCUUUUCGUUGACAUCCCCACAUCAAUGAUACACGCACACCCAGGCACUAAUUCAGGGGUUACGAGUUUGAAAAGCUGGCAUCCUCCACCCCCAGGAGUGAGCGGAGAGCCAGCGAUCGCCGCUGCCAGGGCCAGUCUGCGAGGCGCCCGCCACGUGUGCCCGCCGCCCCUCCAGCCCCUUCCCCAGACUCGCGCCGCCCGGAACGCCUGGGACGCAGCGCCUUUGCCUCCGCUCACCUCGAGCUGCUCUCACGGCCGAUCGAACAAUGAAGGACUGCAAUAAUGGAUGCUCCGCGGAAUGUACUGGAGAAGCAGGAUCAAAAGAGGUGGUGGAGACUUUUAAGGCUAAAGAUCUAAUAAUCACACCAGCCACCGUUUUAAAGGAAAAACCAGACCCCAAUACUCUGGUUUUUGGAACGGUUUUUACAGAUCACAUGUUAACAGUGGAGUGGUCCUCGGAGUUUAGAUGGGAGAAACCACACAUCAAGCCUCUUCAAAACCUGUCGUUGCAUCCAGGUUCGUCGGCUUUCCACUAUGCAGUGGAAUUAUUUGAAGGAUUGAAGGCAUUUCGGGGAGUAGAUAAUAAAAUUCGUCUGUUUCGGCCAAACCUCAACAUGGAUAGAAUGUACCGGUCUGCUAUGAGGGCGACUUUGCCGGCAUUUGACAAGGAAGAGCUUUUAGAGUGUAUUCAGCAGCUUGUGAAAUUGGAUCAAGAAUGGGUCCCCUACUCAACAUCUGCAAGUCUGUAUAUUCGUCCUACAUUCAUUGGAACUGAGCCUUCUCUGGGAGUCAAGAAGCCUACUAAAGCCCUGCUGUUUGUAAUCUUGAGCCCAGUGGGACCUUAUUUUUCAAGUGGAAGCUUUAAUCCAGUGUCCCUGUGGGCCAAUCCGAAGUACGUAAGAGCCUGGAAAGGUGGGACCGGGGACUGCAAGAUGGGGGGGAAUUAUGGCUCAUCUCUCUUUGCCCAAUGUGAAGCAAUGGAUAACGCGUGCCAGCAGGUUCUGUGGCUCUAUGGAGAGGAUAAUCAGAUAACUGAAGUUGGAACAAUGAAUCUUUUUCUUUACUGGAUAAAUGAAGAUGGAGAGGAAGAACUGGCAACUCCUCCGCUAGAUGGCAUCAUUCUUCCAGGAGUGACGAGGCAGAGCAUCCUGGACCUGGCACACAAGUGGGGAGAAUUUAAGGUGUCAGAGAGGUACCUCACCAUGGACGACCUGACCACAGCCGUGGAGGAGAACCGUGUGAGGGAGAUGUUUGGUUCUGGUACCGCCUGUGUUGUUUGCCCAGUUUCGAAUAUACUGUACAAGGGUGAGACUAUACACAUCCCAACUAUGGAGAAUGGGCCUAAGCUUGCAAGCCGCAUCUUGGACAAAUUGACUGGUAUUCAGUACGGAAGAGAAGAGAGUGACUGGACAAUCACAGUAUCCUGAAUGGAAAAGAACAGGCUAUCAUUUGUGUGCUCUUGGGACAGACUGUUGCAUUUGAAUUAUGAGAAAUUUCUUUGGCUACCUGUUUUUAGUUGUGCAUAAUGUAGUUUGUAUUAUCAGUGUUACCAGGGCGAUUGUUUCCUCAUGCCAGAGAAGAUGAAUUGCAAUCAUCCAGUGGUAGUUUAUAAACUUGCUCCUAGAAGCUUACCUUGCCUUCUCUAGAAAGAUGAGAAUGGAAGCCAUCUAAGCGCAGAAUUUUCCUCCAUAACCUGAGUGCUUCCCUUGGUACUUCAAUCAGAUAAAAAAGUGUUUAUUCUUUAGCAUAAGUUACGUUCUGCUCGUCAACCAAGUGAGUGUUUUUUGUGUUUGAAAGCUGAUCUGAGUAAAUUUCAUAGGGACCAUUUCCUGGGACACAUCUUCAUCCUCAGAAAGUUUUUUUUUUUUUUUAAAUCAAGACUUUGAGAAACUGGAUUUCCUCCCCUCAUAUUUCUUUCCAGGUCCCCUAAGUCCAUCUUAGGGAAAAUCUCUCCCUCCUUCCUGAUGUCACGGUCUGCGCCAGGUUCUCCUGGUGCAUCAGCAAGGCACACCCCUGCCCUUUCCACAUUGUGUUGUAGUCAGCGGUCAGGCUUCACUACAAGACCUGAGGGUCUUGUGCCUUAUAGAUCUUUGUAUCCCCCUCCUGGCACAUAACAAGGAAUGAAUGAACGAACAUGUACCUUCUAUAGAAGUGUACCUUCUUUGUUUCUAUAUUGUGAAAUCUCUUUAUUAGAAUUUGUGAUUGAUUCUGACUUUGUAUUUACCUCAUAUUGUCUUUAUUUUCCAUGGACUGCUAAGUCAUUAGAGAUGCUCAGAGUCAUAGUUUGUUGGAGGAAUGAUUUCUUAUUUGAAGACUGUCUUGGAAUUAAAGUAAUAGCUCUAGAGAG